UGACUAUUGUGUCAAAAUAAAAAAAUUCAAAAUUCACAUAAGUGACUGAAAAACAAAGAAAAAAUACAACAUUCAAAGGAAAAAUAAACUAAACUAGCAAAUUAGCGAAAAGUAAAUGAAAAAAAUCCUAAAGUCUCCCAACGAGCUUGUCAGGCGAGUGUUAUCCAGGACGUCAUCAACCGUUUCUCAACCAUCAACUUCCAAAGAGACCACCAGCACGUCAACAAUCAGCAAGAAGAAGAAGAAGUCUAUGUCCGAGGAGGAACAGUUGAGUGCAGAAAUACGAGCCCUAAAGUUGCAAAUUGAAAAUUUAAAAGCCGCCAUUGGAGCAUUACAAAAUGAGACCGAGAAGAAGGAGGUAGCCAUAGCAAAUAUAGCAAGAGAGAAAGAGAAGAUCACCAUGGAGCUGCUAAGGCAAAAACGUUCAAACAACAACCUGAACAAGCAACUGGAAGAGGAACGGAAAUUUUACUUCAAAGAAAAAGAACAGUACUGCGAGGAAAUGAACGAAUUCAAGAAACUAAAACGGGUCCUGAGUACCGCCAGUACGAGCAAAAAGGAGGCGAAGACCAGCGAACAGUACCAAAGGGAAAUCGAGAAAAUUAAACGUACAUUAAGUGAGACCUUGGAGGCCAAUUAUAAUUUAAGCAUUAAGUUUUUAAGGAUGAAGAAUACGAAAACUUGUUUGAAAACCGAGUUGAAGACCACGAAGUUAGAACAUGAGAAGUUAGUAAAUGACUACAAAACAAGAAUUCACAGCCUAUCUGAAGAACUAAACAAUUUAAUUCAGGAAAGAUUGGACGAGCCCAUUUCUUGCAGUAAUAAAAAGUACCUACAGUUGGUGAAGCAGAAUAGCUGCCUGGUCUACGAAAACUUGUGCCUCCAACUGGAAGUGGACAAUUUACGUAUAAAAUGCGAGAAGUUGAAGUUAGAAAAGAAAAAAAGCGAAAGCAACCAUAAGUUGGGCCACAUUCAAAGUAAAACUCCAAAAACCGUUCGGAUCGAAAAACAGCAGGAGCGUGAGGAAGAAAAACCGGAGAAAGACUUGUCCAAUGUAGAGAAAAUCUACGAGCGUCAUCAGCUACCGGGAGUACCACACAUAACAUUUCUAACUGAGUAUAAUGAGCGAGAAAGGGAUAGAAAGUAUGAACCCCCACAGAUACCAAGCGUCCAAGAAAAAAUCCCUAAACAGGAAAGUUCCAGAUUAAUUAGGGUCCAUUCAUCUCCUGACAUAUCGCACUCACCAAAACCAACCAAAUAAAUAACAUUCCAGCUUCUGUUUAUAACAUUUCAUUUGUUAAGGUUGAAUUUGUUGAAGUUUUAAAUAAAUAAUUGCAUUAUGUCUUUUUUA